AUGGCAACAAUUUGUAGAGGUAGUUUUGUUCUUCGAUCUUUGGUUCGAAGAGCAGUUUUCUGUCGAUUAUAUUCAAGUAAGUUUGUGCAAUUGAUCUUGAAGAAAUUUUUGCUUCAAUUUAGGCUUCCAAAACUCUAACCGUAGAGUUAUGAUCUCUUUGCAGAUGGCGGUUCGACUCAGGUGAAGUGGAAAUUUUUUUGUUUGAUAUCCAUCGUUUUACACGUGGAAGCCAGCAAUAGGCUGAAGUACAUUCGUAACCUUCACUGGAGAAUUAAUGGUUUUCACUCGAGACUCUUUGCUCCCACUUGACUGUUCCAAAAGGAAGGAUUCGUAGAAAAAGUUCUUUGUAAUUUCAUCCAGUCAUUGUUCCAUCUUGAUCAAGUCUCAACGUAACCUUGGAAUUCUGAAAAUGGGCGCAAAAUUUCUGGCUUCAAAAGAUUCGAAAGAAACGUUUUAACGGACUCGUUAAUGUUAUGAUAGCUGCCAGACCUUAUUUUUUUCAUAACAGAAAACGAAAAAUGUAACAACUUGAGGAAUGCCUUUUGGGGGGCGUGUUAGGGGGAUGGGCAGAUAAGGGCCAUUGAGGGGGGAAAAUGCCACUGCACUGAAUUGGAUUCCAGUCUGAGCCAGAUUGCGACGAUAAAAUGUAAGAUGCAGUCAAUAGCACUGGAUUGAAUGGAUAUGUCAGAAUCUGUAAAACUGCAGAAACACAAAUGGAAUGAGACCGGGAAUGAGAAGAUCAAUAAUUAAUGCUAAAAUUGAACGGGUUAAAAGUUUUUUAACCUAGGUUGAUUCUCAAUUUCCUUUGUCUACCAACCCUGAUUAUUCGUGAAUUAUGGCUAGGAGUCAAAGGAAAUUGAGAAUCAACUUAGGUUAAAAAAAUUUAACCUGAAUUUAAUUUUGACCUGUAACAUCAACACUAUGCCUGGAGUAGUUGUUGAAGUCAAAAAUAAUAUAGUUAAAGACAAAAGCAGCUAUUGGCGGUGUUUUUUACCGACUGAAUAGCAAGGUCAUGCUCAGAAUAUCUGAACAACAUACUACUAUUGAUUGUUAUUGAUCUCUGUUAUGGGGUAACAAUAAAUAAUUUAUUUUCUGUGACUUCGAUUAUUAUUGAUUCCUGAUAACAACUGAAGUCACAGAAAAAAAACCCUGAAGUAAUCAAAAUUUUGGAAGAUUUCUUGCCAGCCUGAGAUUUACAGUAAAGGCUGAUGUUUUGUGAGAUGCUUCAUUUUCAAUCAGCCCUUCCAAAAAAAAUACCACUAAAUCUUUUUUCUGCAUUUUAGGAGGAACCAAUUGGUUUUAUAGGACUUGGAAAUAUGGGAGGCCCUAUGGCAAAGAAUCUUUUAGAUGCAGGACACCAGGUGCUUGUCCAUGAUGUGAUGCCUGAGGCUGUUGUUGAUCUCAGAGAACUGGGUGCUGCAACAGCUGCCACGCCCAGUGAGGUGGCAUCCAAGACCUCAAAAAUUGUCACCAUGUUACCAUCAAGGUAUGUUUACUUUAGUUAAUUUUUGUUAUUUAUAGUUGAAUUCUCUAGACACUGGUUAUGUUUGGUAAUAGAAACACUCCUAGUAACAUAUGCAAGCUGGUCAAAACGGAAUUUUGAGCAGUUUCUUUUACAUACUUUGGUCUAAACAGGACAUAUUCUGAUACUUAUUAGUUUACUUAGCUUCCCUAAUAGGAUGCGUUGUUACAUUUAGAGAUAACAUAUUGUCAGGGUUGUCACUAAGAUUUCAAGUUGCCGGGUAAAUACAACAGGUAGGCGGGGAAUCAAACGGCUAGGGAUUUCUUUUGGUUCUAUUUUUCUUCCAUUUUCCAAUAAAAGUAGCCGGGGGCCACUCUCUUAGUAGCCGGGGAAAAUCCCCGGCCCCUGGCUCUUGAUGACAACCCCGCAUAUGUGCAGUCAACUCAUAUGUGCAGUCAACUCGUAACGACGAUUUUUGGCACAUAACACAUGGUUCAAAUUUUGGAACAGUAUUGCAGUCAUUCAAAGGAAUGUAACAACAAUGUUGUAACGCUGUGUUGCACUAAAAUUGUUCUUGUGGAUCAUCCUGUGUAACAUCCCCUUAACACAGCAGAGAUUCCAACCCUCCUGAUUUAAAGUGUUACCUUCUGCUCUCCCAAUUUUUAUCAGAUUCUACCCAUACAUCAUGAAAUUCUGAAAACAUGGAAAAAAUUGCUUACCUUGAAGUAAUUUUUUGCAAUCUGAUUGUAAAACAUUACAUACAUUCGAACCUCUCUACAACGGUCACCUUGGGGACCGAAGAAAGUGGCCAUUGUUAAGAGGUGGUCGUUGUAGAGAGGUUUUAAACAAAGAGUCAAUGUGUGGAAUUUUUUUUCGGCCAUGAUUAAAAAAAGUGGCCCUUGUAGAGAGGUGGCUCUUAGCACAGGUUCGACUGUAUUACACUUUCCUAUCCUACAAGGUCUCACCCAGUCUCUCCUUUGAACACCGCUGCAGUGUCAAAAUGCAGGAAAUGCCGCUUGAGAGAAAUUAAAUUUGCGAAAUUUCCUGGUGAGGCAUACCUCCAGACCCCCCAAGAGGCCCACACCUAAGGUGCUUGUUUGAAUACCUUCGGCACUAAAAAAUACUUCCUAUUUUCCUUCAAAAGGAGUUGGAGUCUCUCAGACACACACCUUUGGGACCAGUAGUAAGUGUCUGUGUAAGAGUGAUGUCCUUUCAAAGAGUCAAAUAAAGGGGCUAAAGGAAGGCAGGGUUCUUUAGGUGUUUGUCUUAUAGAGUUGUCCAUUAAGAGAGAGCUGAUUGUAGUUGAGGCUUUUCUGUUUCUUAUUCUUACAGCCCUCAUGUCAAAGAAGUAUACUGUGGUGAAAAUGGGAUCCUCAGGUAUGUUACAGGAAAAAAUGCAAGAGAUGUUGUAAAAAUCUAAAAAAUAAUGAGUCUAUUGUAUCAUAAAGGAGUAGUAAUCUAAGGGAAAAAAUUUCAUUGGGUUGGUACCGUAAGACUCGUAAUGUUCUUCUGAUGAGGAACUCCUACUUGAUAUCUAUGCAACUCUUCUGAAUUUAGUCAACAACAAAUCUCUACAUUUUCCGUGUAGGUUGUUUUAUCUCCUGAAUAUAGACUGAUGAUGUCUACCCCAUCAUGAUGAGGCAUAUUAACAAAAUUUGUAAAUAUAAAAGUGAUUAUGCUGCCAAUUGAAAGGUGAUUUCCAGCAUUUUAGCUCAGGUAAUCAAGUGAUACAUAUAUGUACCCUUUUGCUUCAGUGCUGUGAAACCAGGAUCAUUGUUGACUGACACCAGUACAAUAGAACCUGCUGUUGCCAAGGAAGUGGGAGAACUGGUACAGAGCAAAGGAGCAGUAUUUUUGGAUGCACCAGUCUCAGGAGGUGCUAAAAGUAUUUUUUGUUAACCAGUGUAACAUUAUAGUCAAUAGAGGAAAUUACACAGGAUGCCAUAGUGGAAAAGGACAUUUGCCCCAAAAUCUUCUCGUAAUUUAUUAAUUAUUUAUUAAAUAUUUGCUACCAUGGGCAGCCCCAGUAUUUAGCAAGGAAGCGAAGGUUUCUGGAAUGUCAGCUCUAGGCCUUACAUGUAGUUUGAUUGAAGAACUCUGAGACCUUUUAUCCCCAGAAAUUAAUUCUCUGGGAGAGAGACAUUUAGAGGCUCUUUAGUAAAUAACUAAAAUUCCAACUAAAAAGCUAAGGGGUGAGGGAACAGCCACCUCGGCCCUCUUCCUGCUUUGUGCAUGGUUUAAGUAAGGUUUAGAGAGGCUUGUGCAAGAAAUGCCAGGCUUGUUGAGUGUGAUACAGUAAAACCCGGGGACUGAUAGCCUGUACUGCUAUUUAAGCAUAAUGCUACAUCUAGAAGUUUUUUAAUUUGAUGGUAGAUCCACACUGGAUCUUGUUGCAGAGGCUUUCCGGCAGCACUUACUGAAAAAGCUGUAGGUGCAUUCAAUCUGGAAACAACCACAUUGCUAUAGAAAAUUUCAGGGUUCUACAGAUCAUUGCCACUGGCACUACACUAGUCUCUUGCUCUGAUUUUCUUUAAAACCCUUAUCAAGAACCUACUCUAAAACGAUAAUUCUCAUAAUUUGUAAUCCUAGGUGUGACAGCAGCUAAAGGUGGAACUUUAACAUUCAUGGUUGGAGGUGAGGAGGAAGCUUAUGAACAAGCAGCAAAAUUAUUGCAACACAUGGGGAAGAAUGUGAUUCACACGGGACCAUCUGGCACGGGCCAGGUGAGAUAAAACACUCUUUCGUUUUGAUCCUUCUAAACAAAAAAAGGAAGCACUGGACAAACACUAUAAUUCUUAGCAGAGCUAAAGCCCAGGAGGGUACUCCGGAUUUCAAGUGACAGGGAUGAUCAAAUGGGGGCAAAAAUCAAAACCCCAAAAAAUCUCUAGGGCUUCAAACAAAACUAAAAAAAAUCCCUGGACUGACAUUUAACCCUGCCAAAAAUCCCAUGCCUAAUUUCUGAGCCAUAAAAAUUUACUUGCGGAACCAUGCGGCCGGGAUACAUGGGAACUACCAUGAAUCUUCAGAUUGAAGAUACUUGCCAAAAUUUUCCAACCCCCCCAAAAAUCCCAACAUUGAAAAUUUCAAACCCCCAAAAAUCCUUCAAUCAUCCCUGUCCCUUGAAAUUCGGAGUACCCCGCUGGGAGAUAAAGCAGGGUUGUGAUCUACAUGUACCCGCAAUCAUGGCCCCCCACAAAAUUUGCCUUGUUGAACCUCCAUACCUAGCAAAAGGGAUUAGUUUUUGGGCUCCUUUCAAUUUUUUCUAGGGCACAGCCUUCAUUGAAAUUAGGGCAAUAAUAAUCAGAAAAUAAUAAUUGCAACAAUAGAUUUUAAGUAGAGAUGAUCUCUCUGAGAGUAAAAGUAAUUAACUUACCCUACUUCUGCCCAUGUUGCUUUUAUAAUAAAGUUAUUCUUUUAUUAUUUUUGCAUUAUUGUAUUUAAAAAAAAUCUCUGUAAAAUAUAUAGUAUCGUUACAGCCAGCAAGUAAACCAUCAUCCCCUUUCUAAAUUUCCUGGAUUCACCCCCGAUUUGGAGUGUCUGCUGGGGAAAAAGAGAAGUUGUUGACAAAGUCCAGCUACUUAAAUUUCACUGGUCGUUUUUGAAUAUCAUUUGUGUUAAAGAAGUAUUUACUAGAGAGUUAUUCAUAGCCUGACAAUUUUUUCCAGGCUGCUAAGAUCUGUAAUAAUUUACUACUUGCUGUGAGUAUGAUUGGAGUAUCAGAGGCUAUCAAUCUUGGAAUUCGCCUUGGCUUGGAACCAGAAAUGAUUGCACAAGUGAUCAACACAAGCUCAGGGCGAUGUUGGUCAAGUGAUACUUACAAUCCUUGCCCCGGAAUUAUUGAGGGCAUUCCUUCAAGUAAUAAUUAUCAGGGAGGUUUUGCAUCACAACUUAUGACAAAGGUGAGCAGAGAUGAUUUUUUUGGCAAACUUAUUUUUUGGGCACGUGCAUCAAUUUAUUUGAAGUACAUUGAAUAACACACAACCAUGAAAGAAUUUGCUCAUUUAAGUAAGAAGCUGCAAAUACUAAAAGCUUCAGAGCAGUUCUUGUUUGUGGACUAAGGCAUUGGUUUUAACUUUGAAAGAAUUUCUAAGGUGCACUAUUCAAGUCUUGUCAAAUUCAGUGUGCUGUUUACUGAAGACAAUUUCCAAGGAAACAAAACAUUGGGCAUUCCUUAAAUUGGAAAUUAUGAUGUACUACUGCUUAGUGCAAAGUCACUCAUUCAUCAAAUGAAGGCUCCUGAAUAGUUGAUCUGGUUCUGUUAUCAAUCACAAUUUGAUACUAACUGUUUCUCUUUGUAACACAAAGGAAAUGAGUUCAGUUGGUGGAAUUUCUUUUCUUUUGCAGGAUCUUGGGCCUUAUUGUAUCUAAACUCAUUCAGACAACUGUCAAAUUCAGUGUACUGUUUACUGAAACAAAACGUUGAGCAAUCCUUGGGUUUUAAAGAAAAAUAUUAGGCCUAAAUUCUUUGGAGAAAAUUAUGAUUUACUGCUGUUCUUCAAAUGCUGGCCCACUGAAUAGAAAUCAUGAUUUGAUACUCUUUGUAACAUUAAGAAAGAUGAGUUGAAUUGUUUUUUUUCUGAUGUAGGAUCUUGGACUUGCUCAGAGUGCAGCCACAUCAACCCAGACUCCAACGCCAAUGGGCUCAUUGGCGCAUCAGAUCUACAGAAUAAUGUGUAACAAGGGAUAUGCCAAGCUGGACUUCUCAUCUGUGUUUCAGUACCUCAAGGAAAAUAAUAAUCAUUAACUGAUUCUGAAUUUUUUUUGUGUAUGUGUGUGUUUAUUAUCCUAAUGCUUAUGUCUCAACCCAGUCACUUGCGUAGUCUUAUAUGGCAAUCUGUCUUCAAGUCAUGUACGCGUGUGGUCCACAGUGUUGUGUUGUGAUCAUUUGAUUGACCUUUUUGGCACUACUUUCACUUGGCACUAUUAAGUCUUUUUGUAUUACAAAAAAACCAAAGUGUACAUUUUCUAUGCUGGAUAAUAUUUCUGGCUCUCUGGAGAGUGGAAGGAAUGAAAAAAUGUACAGAUAGCUUUACCAUAAUUUUCACCUUUCACAUGCCACCUUUAUUUGCUUUCUGUAUUGCUUCUUCUUUCUCUUUUGCAACUUUCUUUUCGUUUCUGAAGCCACCUUUCUCCACAUGCUCUAAGAAUUAAUACCUGUCUAGUUAAGAUUAUAAUGACUUCUUUCAUUUGGCAACCCACUGACAGAAUUUCGUGAAAGUUUUGCUCCGAAAUUUGGGUCACUUAGUGUGAGCUAGUUUUUUUGACGAUUGGAACCCAGCAAAAAUAAAAGGCAUCUGUUUAAUGUAGUUAGCAUUUUCAGGAUCAGGCAGCAUAAAUUGUUCACUGCUCUGCUUAUAGUACUGAUGCCCUUUUAUUGGCUAGGGAAUAAU